AUGUCAGGUCAAUCGAAAGCUGCACGCCUUUCCCCAUGGGGCAGUGCGGUUGCAGGUGCAACUGGUGCGGUGUUGGCCAAUUCGAUUGUAUACCCAUUGGAUCUUGUCAAGACGAAAUUACAAGUCCAAGUAAAGCAGAAGGGAGCUGAGGCAUCCGAGGAUGACGAACACUAUGAAUCGACCAUUGACGCGAUCACCAAGAUUGUGGAGAAGGAAGGACUCACCGGCUUGUACUCUGGCAUUGCAGGCUCACUUCUCGGUGUCGCCUCCACCAACUUCGCCUAUUUCUACUGGUACAGCGUUGUUCGCACUCUGUACAUGGCUUCCAACAAAUCACCCAAGCCUCCCGGAACCGCCAUCGAGCUGAGCCUUGGCGCAGUUGCUGGCGCGGUAGCUCAGAUCUUCACUAUUCCAGUUUCUGUCAUUACUACACGACAGCAGACGCAACCUAAGAGCGAGAAGAAGGGUCUGAUUGAGACAGGUCGGGAAGUUGUUGAGAGCGAAGAUGGCUGGACUGGACUGUGGCGAGGCCUGAAGGCCAGUUUGAUUCUGGUUGUCAACCCUGCGAUUACAUACGGCGCAUAUCAGCGAUUAAAGGAUGUCUUCUUCCCAGGCAAGGCCAACCUGAAGCCCUGGGAAGCGUUCUUCCUUGGUGCUAUGUCCAAAGCCCUUGCAACAAUCGCUACUCAGCCCCUGAUUGUUGCCAAGGUUGGCUUGCAAUCACGUCCCCCACCAGCUCGCAAGGGCAAGCCCUUCAAGACCUUUGGUGAGGUUAUGAGGUAUAUUAUUGAGAAUGAGGGCGUUAUGUCUCUUUUCAAGGGUAUUGGACCCCAGAUCACGAAGGGUCUUUUGGUACAAGGUCUACUCAUGAUGACCAAGGAACGUAUGGAACUGGCCUUCCUCGUCCUUUUUGCCUCCAUCGCCAAAAUGAGAAAGAACAAGCUCAAGAAGGUUGCAGACUCUGUUGUGGAUAAGGCCACAACUAGCCUGCCUGCAACUCUGAAAUAG